GUGAGAGAGCCCAUGUGAGUGUCACACAAACACCAGGUCCACCCCAAAGUCAACAUGUCUCUUUCGGAAGACUCUUCGCCCGCCUUGCUUUCAUCCAGCGCCACGCCGGUGCUGGCGUGCGUGGCCGCGUUGUCCCUCUUAGCUUUCGUCUCCAAACACUUCAGCUCACCGCGGGACGGCAGGAAGGACCCACCGGGACCGAGGCCCUUGCCGUUGCUUGGCAACCUGCUACAGCUGGAUCUCCCGUGGCUCAACAAAACUCUGUGUCGGUUUGCAAAACAGUAUGGUUCGGUGUUCACCAUCUACCUGGGCACCCAAAAAGUGGUGGUCCUGGCUGGAUACAAGACGGUCAAAGAGGCUCUGGUUGGCCAUGCCAUGGAAUUUGGAGAACGCUUUGUCCAACCCAUGCCCGCCGAUCUCGCAGGUGGUCAUGGGAUUAUUUUUGCCAACGGGGAGUCAUGGAAAGAAUUGAGACGUUUUGCCCUCAGCACUUUGCGAGACUUUGGCAUGGGCAAAAAACUCACACAGGACAAAGUCUUGGAAGAGUGCAGCAAUCUCAUUCCUAUUUUGGAGAGUCAUCAAGGGCAACCUUUUGAUACGACAACGCCGAUGAGUUGGGCGACAUCCAACAUCAUCUGUUCCAUCGUGUACGGGAACAGAUUUGAAUAUAGUGACCCUCGCUUCUCAGCCAUGGUGCAACGAAGCAAUGAGAGCAUUCGAUACUUUGGCUCGCACCAAAUACAGCUCUACAACAUGUUCCCGCGGUUGUUUCGUUGGGUGAAACACCGGCAGUGUAUUCUCAACAACCGUGACGAGACCAUAAAGGAUGUGAAGGAGCUCCUGCGCCAACGGAAGGAGAAACUUGACCCCGAAAUGUGCACGGGGGUGGUUGAUUGCUUCUUUGUCCGCCAGCAAAAAGAAGAGGAAGCAGGUCGCAAGCAGGGCUACUUCAAUGAGGAAAACCUGAUUUUCGUGGUCAACAAUCUGUUUGCUGCGGGCACCGACACCUCCGCCACCACGUUGAGAUGGGCCUUGCUGCUCAUGGCCAAAUAUCCGCAAAUACAAGAGAAUGUCCACGAGGAGCUGAGCAGGGUAUUGGCAGGCCGCCCGAUUGAUAUCGAAAAUCGCAAGAACCUUCCGUACUCCAACGCCGUCAUUCACGAAGUUCAGAGAUACGCCAACAUCGUCCCCAUGUCCAUUUUGCACAGAACCAGCCAGGACGUCACCUUCCAGGGCUACUUCAUCCAAAAGGGCACCGUUGUGAUUCCUCUGCUGUCUUCCGCCCUCUACGAUGAGAACGAAUGGGAAACUCCAAACACCUUCAACCCUUCCCACUUCUUGGAUAAAGACGGGAACUUUGUCAAGCGGGAUGCCCUCAUUCCCUUUUCUGCAGGUCGCAGGGUUUGUCUGGGCGAGGGUCUGGCCCGCAUGGAACUCUUUCUCUUUUUCACAUGUCUCCUCCAGCACUUCCGCUUUACUCCCCCGCCUGGGAUUUCUGAGGAUGAGCUAGAUUUGAGUCCCGUAGUGGGCUUCACCACCAAUCCCUCACCUCAUCAGUUGUGUGCCAUCAAGCGGCAGUGACACACAAAUAAAAGGCUGCUAGAGGACUGUGAGACUCUCCUUUAAGAGGGCGGAGAUUAGAGUCUGCGCCUCGUCGUCCGUGUUAGAAGGAAAAAAGAG